GGCUGUCAAAUUUUUCUUUCUUUCUCAGCCACGACGAGGUCGACAGCAUGAGUUCUUUAAAGCUCCAAAAGAGGUUGGCUGCCUCCGUUCUGCGAUGCGGCAAGAAAAAGGUUUGGCUGGAUCCCAAUGAAAUCAACGAGAUUGCCAACACAAACUCGCGUCAAAACAUCCGCAAACUGAUCAAAGAUGGUUUGAUCAUCAAGAAACCCGUCGUCGUGCAUUCCCGCUACCGUGUGCGCAAGAAUACCGAGGCACGCCGUAAGGGCCGUCACUGCGGUUUCGGCAAGCGCAAGGGUACAGCGAACGCACGUAUGCCAACGAAGUUGCUGUGGAUGCAACGCCAGCGUGUGCUGCGACGUCUAUUAAAGAAGUACCGCGACAGCAAGAAAAUUGAUCGUCAUCUGUACCACGAUUUGUACAUGAAGUGCAAGGGUAACGUGUUCAAGAACAAGCGCGUACUGAUGGAGUACAUUCACAAGAAGAAGGCCGAGAAGCAACGUAGCAAGAUGCUCGCUGACCAGGCUGAGGCCAGAAGACAAAAGGUACGAGAGGCACGCAAGCGCCGUGAGCAGCGCAUUGCCACCAAGAAACAGGAACUCAUCGCUUUCCAUGCGAAGGAAGAUGAAAUCGCUGCCAAGGCUGCCACCGCUGGUCAUUAAGUCUACGCUUUGCAGGACGAAUCAAUUUGCUAGCAAUUGUUUAUCAAGUGAAUAAAGUUUGGUCGAAGAAAAUUUUAUAAGCCUGGAAA